GCCGCUGGGCCCAGCCCGACUCCGGCGGUGGCAGCAGCAGCGAGACCGAGCUGGCAUUUCAGUAAGACUAUGGAGGAGCUAGUUCAUGAUCUGGUCUCAGCAUUGGAGGAAAGUUCAGAACAAGCCAGAGGAGGUUUUGCUGAUACUGGAGAUCAUUCUCGUAGCGUGUCUUGUCUUCUAAAACGUCAGGCAAGAAAAAGGAGGGGUCGGAAAAGACGUUCAUUUACCACCCAUCAUCCUUGGGAGACUGGUCACUGUUUAAGUGAAGGUUCUGAUUCAAGUCCAGAAGAACUGAGUAAAGACUACAGAGAGAAUCAUGCUAAUAAGAAAGACCACAGUGACUCUGAUGACCAGCUGUUGGUUGCUAAACGGAGGCCUUCUUCAAACUUAAAUAAUGUUAGAGGCAAAAGACCUCUAUGGCAUGAAUCGGAUCUGGCUAUGGACAGUUUAGGAAACAGAACCUUGCGUAGGAGGAGAAAAGUGAAACGCAUGGCAAUAGAUCCACCACCAGAAGUUGCAAGUACGCUGACAUUGACCCAGCAGCAGGAUAACAUCAGGGAUCAAGAAAUGGACAGUGACAACAGAUUUUACCAACAUCAAGAGUUUGCCAAGAGCAAAGUGAAAAAAAGAAAAAUAGCUGCAACUAGACAAGGACCAGAAAUCUUGGAUGAAGGAGUAGUCAUAGAAAAUGAAGAAGUGAACCAGGCAAAUAAAGAAAAAAUGGAGUAUGAAGAGCAAAAGGGCUCAGAUGAGAACAUGAGUGACAGUGAAUCCAGUAGCCUGAGCAGCAGUGAUGGUGGUUUGUUUACCAAUGAUGAGGGAAGACAAGGUGACGAUGAACAAAGUGACUGGUUUCACGAAAAUGAAUCUGGCGGCGCAUGUGGAAUCACAGGAAUCAGUUCUUGGUGGGAACAGGAGGACUCUACAGAAUUGGAAAAAGAAUUACCCGAUCCAGUCUUUGAAAGUAUCUUAACUGGUGCUUUCCCUCUUAUGUCCCAUUCAGGGAGGAGAGGUUUCCAGAAUAGACUUAAUCAUCUUCGUGGAAUGCCAGCAAGGAACAUCAAAAAGGCUUCAGGAAACCAGGCAGCAUUGAUUACUGCUCCAGGCCCAGGCAGUAACAAAAAAGCGGUGCAUUUGUCCCAGGAUUCUCAUCACCAUGACCAUUGGUUUAGCCCUGGGGCUAGGAAGGAACAUAGCCAGCACCUGCGGGAUAACCGAUCAGAGAGAGGACACAAGAAGAACAGCUCAGUAAAAACAGCUAGCAGACAAACAAGCUUACACUUAGGAUCAUUGUGUAUGGGAGAUGUCAAACGGAGAAGGAAAGCUGCACCCCUGCCAGGACCCACAGGGUUUGUAGGUGAAAACGUACAGCCAAUCCCAGAAAACAACAUUGGAAACAGAAUGCUUCAAAGUAUGGGCUGGACUCCUGGCACGGGCCUUGGACCAGAUGGCAAAGGAAUAUCAGAACCUAUAAGAGCAAUCCAGAGACCAAAGGGACUUGGACUUGGAUUUAGCUGACAGAAAAGCAUCCCAGAAAAGCAUUCUGCUGUACAGGCGUCAGGAAAAUCAAACUUAAUUUAAAUCUAAAAAAGCUAAAACCUUUAUUGUACUUGGUCAUCAGCAAAUCCAGUGAUUCUUCACUUUUAAAGUACUGAAGCCUAAAUGCUUUCUGUCGGCUACACCAGCUUAUGAGCUGCAAUGUACAACCACAGUGGCAAAAUUGAGGUUUAGAUCCUGACUUCGUAAUGGUGCUAAAAUAGAAAAAAAAAGUGUACUUUUUUAUUAUUUUCUGUGGUCUUAAAAGAAAGUUUAUGGUAGGUAUAAAACCAAAAUACAACUCGUUUAUUUUUCCUAAAAGCUUCUGACAAGAUUUUAGUACUUGAGCAAGCAUUGUUUGGCACCAUUCACUCAUUGGAAGUGGCCUGAUGGGAUUGGUUAUCAAGGAAAUAAUAAAACCUUAGACAACUGCUGCAGUUAUGCCAUUUCAGGCAAAAUAUCCAAAUUUGACAAUUCUAGACGCUGACAGUAUUUGAGGAUGAGUUAACAUGAUUGUCUCUCUACCAUUGUGACAUAUCUUAAAUUUUCACUAAUGGAUAGUGUGGUACAAAGUUUUGCAUGAGGAAAGCAUGACAAAUGGUGACUGCCAUCAUAAGAAUGUAACUCUGCUCUCCUGCAUCAUGCUUGUCUGUGAUCAAACCCAAACACAAAAGGUUUUAUCAAUGUUUUGAUUUCUUAGAGAUUUUUUUUUUAAGAAACAAAUAUUUUAAAAUCAUUGUGUUCACCCUGGGCCUGGAAAUCCUUUUUAUUUUACACUAGUAGUCCCCUGACUCUCCACCUUUAAAAAUAGAUUAGUUUAAAAUAUAUUUUAAUCUUUGGACCCAUCCAGUACAUUAAAGAAGUGACUUGCAUUUGUUGUUAAAUAGUGAUUUGGGGUGUAUUGUGGAGCCAGAAGUGCAUAAUUCAUCAACAUUCAGUUUUUUUAUGGUCAUGGUAUUUCCAGGCUGCAUAAACUUCUAAGUAUAGAAGAAACAGAGAAAAGACUAAAAAGAAGCAGG